AGGCCAGGGUACCACAAGCUUAUGGACUUUGACAAGAGAGGCGGAGGGGGAGGAGGGGGAAGGACGGAGGCCGAGGAAGGGAAAAGGAUGUCGAAGACCGGUGGGAGCCGGUCAGGGCAUGGCAGUCGUAGCUCAGGGGGUAACUCUGGGGUGCUCAUGGUGGGCCCCAACUUUAGGGUUGGGAAGAAGAUUGGAUGUGGGAACUUCGGAGAACUCCGCCUCGGAAAGAACCUGUACACUAAUGAAUACGUGGCCAUCAAACUGGAGCCAAUCAAGUCCAGGGCGCCACAGCUUCACCUGGAGUACAGAUUUUAUAAACAGCUGGGGAGUUCAGAGGGUGUGCCCCAGGUGUUUUAUUUUGGUCCCUGUGGGAAGUACAAUGCCAUGGUUCUGGAGCUACUGGGGCCCAGUCUAGAAGACCUGUUUGAUCUGUGUGAUAGAACCUUCUCCCUGAAGACUGUCCUCAUGAUCGCCAUACAGUUGAUCACACGGAUGGAGUUUGUCCACACCAGAAGUCUGAUCUACCGGGAUGUGAAGCCAGAGAACUUCCUGGUUGGUCGUCCCGGCAGCAAACGGCAGCAUACCAUACACAUCAUCGACUUUGGCCUUGCCAAAGAGUACAUCGACUCAGAGACCAAAAAACACAUCCCCUACCGAGAGCACAAGAGCCUAACUGGCACUGCACGCUACAUGAGCAUCAACACUCACCUGGGAAAAGAACAGAGCAGGAGAGAUGAUCUGGAGGCUUUGGGUCACAUGUUCAUGUACUUCCUCCGUGGCAGUCUGCCCUGGCAGGGCCUGAAGGCAGACACAUUGAAGGAGCGCUAUCAGAAGAUUGGUGACACCAAGCGAGCCACGCCCAUCGAGGUGCUCUGUGAGAGUUUCCCAGAAGAGAUGGCCACCUACCUACGUUAUGUUCGCCGGCUGGACUUCUUUGAGAAGCCUGACUACGAUUACUUGAGGAAACUCUUCACCGACCUCUUCGACAGGAACGGCUAUGUCUUUGACUACGAGUACGACUGGGUCGGCAAACCACUGCCUACUCCUAUUGGUCCAGUACCCAGCGAAACACCCCUUCAGCCCAGCAGCCGAGACAAGGCAGCGCAGCAGACCAAAAACCAGUCGCCAGAACCCAAAGGAAGUGAGUCCCAGCCCACUCCAGUGACCAAUAGAGAGCUCCUGGGGUCCCAUCUAACAGCUGAUAGGCUGGGGGGCUCUGUCCAGGUGAUGAGUUCAACCAAUGGGGAGUUGAAUACCGACGACCCGACUGCGGGCCAUUCCAAUGCCCCCAUCACUGCUCCAGCUGAGGUGGAGGUUGCUGAUGACACCAAAUGCUGCUGUUUCUUUAAGAGGAGGAAGAGGAAAGGCAUCCAGAGACACAAGUAAAGGAGAGGAGGAGGAGGAGAAGCAGCCGAAGGAGUGGUUGGCGGACACACACACACACACGCACGCACACAAACACACAGACAGACUGGCUGACUCAUGAGGGAAGGACGGAAGCGGUGUGGAAAUGGAUCGGGCCAGGACUCUACACCCACCCCUCUCCGUGCUCAUGGUCAACACGGCCCUCUGGUGACCACACUCUUGUACUACAACAGACAGGUGUGAUGAGCCGCAGGGACAGACAG